AUGUUCGUAAAUGGCAGGCUCGUGGCUUUAGUCGGUGACGAAGUCAGUUGCCCGCUGCAUGGGCGUAACGCGAUUACCGAGGGUACCGAUCAAUGGUCUGAAAACGGUCGGGCGAUGGUGGUCAACGGCUGUCACAGCGAGUGCGGUUGCCAGGGGGAAGUUCCGGCACCGAUUGUGGUGGGCCGUUGGAUAUUGGCGGCGGUCGUGGCGGUUCUGGCCAGUGUGCUGCUGUUCUUGCUGUACGCCUCUGAGCACGUGCAGCCGCUGCACGCCGUGAACAUCUGGGCGGUGUCCGGCUCACCCUUGCUGAUCUGGCUCCUCGCGUUUGGCGCGCGCGCUUACUUCUACGGUAGUGCGCUGAGUCAUCAGCAGUUUCUUGAGGAGGAGGCACUGGUUGCGCAACAGGCCUGGCAGGGCUGGGCGCAACGGUAUAUGGCGGUGUGCGGCAGUUGCGUGCUGCUGCCGGAUCAGGUGUCUGCCAGCGCGCUGGCGCAAGGCGCUGUCAGCUUUCCAAACCGUAGCGGGCAAGCAAGGCGCAUUACGGCAUUGUUGAUCCCGCAUGUGCGUGCGCUAACGGGGUUGCAGUUGCUGCUUCAGGCGCUGGACGCGACAUUGCUGGCUCUGCCUGCGGCCCAUGCAUCACUGGCGCUGCGCGAUGCCUGGAAGCAGAGCUGGGUGGCCGUGAUGGGCACGCCCAUACCGGAAAAACUCACCGUGACUGAUGAACUGCCCUACCAGUGGAUUGACGACAUAUUGAAGACGGCCAGCCCGGCCCUUCAGUUGAUCCUGGUGUUGCAGGUACGCGGCGAGGUGGCGUAUUCCGAUGGAUUGGCGGCUUUGCUGUUGUGUCCGGACAGGCUGGCAUCCGAGUGGGAGCUGCCUGUGCAGGGAAGGUUGUUGCGACCGAUGCCGUUGGACACCACCCAGUUAAAGAACGAACUGACGCUGUUCAUGCAAACCCAGCCCAUCGCGCGUCAGGCCUCAAGCGUGUUGGCGGACGACGCAGACUGGCAUCCAUUGACCGGCGAUGUCGCGGCUAUCAGCGGCCUUUGCGGCGCGUCACUGACGGCAGGGCAACUAUGGAUUCAGGAAUACCUCUGGGGACGCUCGGGACCUUUCAGCCACUGGCUGGUGGCAGCCCUUGGGAUUGAAGUCGCCCGACAUCAGCAACGGCCUUUGCUGUUGCUGACUCGGGACGAAACGCGGCAUUGGAUCAGCACCGUUACCACUGGAGAGUUGGCA